AUUAUUUAUAUAUAUAUAUAUGUAUAUGAGAAAAGUGUUUGUUAAAGAAUUGUGCUAAGCAACAGCCGAGAUACCUCAAGCCGAACUCAGCAACUUUUUCACCAAGUGCAACGCCAUGCGUGGACUAGUCGAGGAGACAAAGAAGUCAAAGCUUGGCACCGCUGCCGCCACCAACAACAAUAACAACAACAACAGUAGCAGCAGCAGCGCCAGCAUGGGGAGUCGUGGCAAGACUACGCUAGCCAGUGCCGGCUCCAGCUCAUCGCGUCCUUUGAAGGGCGUCGCUAAAACGCCAACAACAACGCCAGCAGCCGCAGGAGUUGCUAAGAAAUUGCCACAACAAGUCGCCGGAAAGUCCAAGACAGCUCCAACAGCAACCACCGGCAGCAGCAGCAGCGCUAAGCCAGGCAUGGCAAAAGCAGUGAAAGCUGCAAAUCCAACCCCACAAGCGCCGCAGACAGCAGCAGCAGCAGUCGUCGCAAUUGCAGCCGCACCUGCACCACCCUUGCAAACGCAGCUGCAGCCCUACAACAACAACGGCAGCAGCAGCAGCACCAACAGCAGCAACACAAUUGCCUUGCCAAAGGCCUCGCAUGCGAAUACCAACGAGGAGCUGGCCGGCGGCGUCCAGGACACCAUAUAUCUCUGCAAUUUUCGCGUCUCUGUGGACGGCGAAUGGCUGUGCCUCAAGGAGCUGCAGGACAUCGAUGUGGCCAAUGGACAGAAGACAGUCGGCGGCGGCGCAGCUCUCUUAAAUACUUCAGCAGCAGCAACAGCUGGUGGUGGUGGUGGUGGUGGUGGUGUUGGUGGUGCAGGUGCAGGUGUGGGUCAUGUGCAGCAUCGCACGCAUACGCAGCAGCAGCAUCACCAAUUUGGGCAGCGCAACAGCAAACGCUACUCGGGCAUGUCGACAGGCAGCGCGGGAGGAUUCGAGGAUAACGCACGCGACACGGCCGAGAUUGAGCGCAGCAAUCUGGUGAACAUCUGCAAGCUGGUCGUGAAGGAGCUGCUGGAGCAAUCGUUGCGCUAUGGCCGCAUGCUCGACUCGGAUCAUUUGCCGCUGCAGCAUUUCUUCAUUGUCAUUGAGCACGUGCUGGGCCAUGGCCUGCGGCCGAAGAAGGGUCUGUUGGGGCCGCGCAAAGAGCUGUGGGAUCUGCUGCAAAGCGUCGAAAGCUAUUGCCCCGAGGCGCAGGACAUUACGGCCAGUGUUAGGGACUUGCCCACGGUUCGCACUCACAUAGGACGGGCGCGUGCCUGGCUGCGCAUUGCACUGAUGCAGAAGAAGCUAUCCGAUUACCUGCAGGCGCUGAUCGAACAUCGCGAGGACUCACUGUACGACUACUACGAGCCGCAUGCUCUGAUGAUGAGCGACGAGAUCGUUGUCAUAAUGGGCAUCUUGGUGGGACUGAACGUCAUCGAUUGCAAUCUCUGUGUCAAGGAGGAGGAUCUCGAUUCACAGCAGGGCGUCAUUGACUUUUCGCUGUACCUACGCUCCAGCUCUCGCAAUGCUGAGCUCAAUGAGGAGCCGAAUGCGCCAGUUGCCCAACUGGAUGCCGCUGGACAGGGCAAUAUGAUUGCCGUGCUGGAUCAGAAGAACUAUAUCGAGGAGCUCAAUCGGCAUUUGAACGCCACUGUGGGCAAUCUGCAGGCCAAGGUCGAGUCCCUGACCACCACCAAUGCCUUGAUGAAGGAGGAUCUGGCCAUAGCGCGCAAUAGUCUGCUCGCUCUGCAGGCCGAGAAUCAGGCCAUGCGUCAGUCGGCCAGUCAACAGGCAGCUCACAAUCAUUCCGAUAACAGCUCCACGGGCAGCGGCAGUGACAAGGACAAAGACAAGGAUAAGGACAAGGACAAGGACAAAGUGGACGGCCUCAGCACGCAACUGACAGAGGAGCGCAAGCGCAGCAACGAACUGGAAAAGGAGCUCAAUCUGCAAGUCUCGCUCAAAGCCGAGUCGGAUAUGGCCAUGAAGCUGCUCGAGAAGGACAUUCAUGAGAAGCAGGACACGAUUGUAUCGCUACGGCGUCAGCUAGACGACAUAAAGCAAAUCAAUCUGGAGAUGUAUCGCAAGCUGCAGGAUUGCAAUUCCUCGCUGACCCACAAAACGGAGCUAAUGAGCAAACUAGAGUGCCAAAAGGAAGAUAUGGCCAGCACAAUUGAACAGUUAGAGAAAAAGUGGACCAAUGAUAAGUGCAACUUGGGCGAGAUAUUGAAGAACACCUCACAAACGUUGUCCACGCAGGUGAGCGCCAGCGAGGAGCGUGCCGCACGCGCAGAGGCGGAGACGCGCAUCGAGCGCGAAUGGCGUGUAUCCUUGCAGGAGAAGGAGCUGAAGCUGAAGGAGAAGAUAGCCGCGCUGCAGAUGUGCGUCAAGGAGCUAGAAGAGGAGCGGCAGAAGAACGACAAGCUCAAGCUGGACUUGGAGAAGGUGCGCGGUCAGUGGUCGGAGGCGCAGACAACGCUCGAGGAGCUGGGCAUACAGCUGAGCGUAAGUAAGCUGAAGAUAUCUGAGUUCCAGGACAAUGAACGAAGACAGCUGCAGCAGCAGCAGCAGCUGCUCUCCGGCUCAUCGCAGUCGCUGCAGCAGGCGUUGCCGGAGAAUCCGGUUAGCUCGCCGGGCAUAUGGGCGCCCGAUUCCAUAACCACUCACUGCACGGCCUGCACCCGGGAGUUCAAUUUGACGCGCAGGAAGCAUCAUUGCCGCAGCUGUGGCGAGAUCUUUUGCAAGGCCUGCUCCGAGCAUACCCUGCCUUUGCUCAAUGCACAGGGUCAGCCGGGCCGGCCUGUACGUGUGUGCAAUGCGUGCUAUGCAGCUACCUCUGGCAAAUGAUCCACAACGAAGCUCACUUCGAAAUACAAUACUAAACAAUUGUAGUUAUUUACGUAUAGUUUGUUAUUAACAAAUAUUGUUCAACGUCAUUUUUUGUGGUUAAGCAAUUAUUUUACGCCAAUUGUGAGCGCGUGCGUAUUUACAAUAAAUGUAUUUUUAUAUUCCUAUCAUUUGAGA